AGACGUGUAGAUGAAAGAUUAUGAGAUUUAGGUCACCUCACCCAUCCCACCCUCCCUCUCCCCACCCACAAACCCCUAACCCUAUACACAAGAAACAAUAGAAUUCAACCAUGGAUAACCACCACAAUGGAGGAGGAGGAGCUGGUACAGCCGCUGACCACAGGCCUAAAACCAAGAUCGUCUGUACUCUGGGUCCCGCUUCCCGCUCCGUUCCCAUGAUCGAAAAACUCCUUCUCGCCGGCAUGAACGUCGCCCGCUUCAAUUUCUCCCAUGGAUCCCACGACUACCAUCAGGAGACCCUCGACAAUCUCCGCUCCGCCAUGGACAACACUGGCAUCCUCUGUGCCGUCAUGCUCGACACCAAGGGUCCGGAAAUUCGAACUGGGUUUUUAAAAGAUGGGAAGCCUAUCCAACUGAAACAGGGCCAGGAGAUCACUAUUUCCACUGAUUACAGCAUCAAGGGAGAUGAGAAUAUGAUCUGCAUGAGCUACAAAAAGUUGGCUGAGGAUGUAAAACCAGGAAGUGUAAUACUCUGCGCAGAUGGCACAAUCUCAUUUACUGUUUUGUCCUGUGACAAAGAACAGGGAAUUGUUCGAUGCCGCUGUGAAAAUACUGCUGUUCUUGGUGAGAGAAAGAAUGUCAAUCUCCCUGGUGUAAUCGUGGACUUGCCAACUUUGACAGAAAAAGACAAGGAAGACAUCUUGAAAUGGGGAGUUCCUAAUAAAAUCGACAUGAUUGCUCUCUCAUUUGUCCGGAAAGGUUCAGAUCUCAUUGAAGUCCGAAAGUUGCUUGGCGAACAUGCAAAAACUAUCCUUCUUAUGUCAAAGGUGGAAAAUCAAGAAGGGGUGGCGAAUUUUGAUGAGAUUCUGGCUAAUUCUGACGCGUUUAUGGUAGCACGAGGUGACCUUGGAAUGGAGAUUCCUAUUGAAAAGAUAUUUUUGGCUCAAAAAGUAAUGAUUUAUAAGUGCAACAUCCAAGGGAAGCCAGUUGUAACUGCAACACAGAUGUUAGAGUCGAUGAUUAAAUCUCCUAGGCCUACACGGGCAGAAGCUACAGAUGUUGCCAAUGCAGUACUUGAUGGUACUGACUGUGUGAUGCUUAGUGGUGAGACGGCUGCUGGAGCUUAUCCAGAUCUUGCAGUCAGGACUAUGGCCAAAAUUUGCAUAGAAGCUGAAAGCACAAUUGAUUAUGGAGAUAUCUUUAAGCGGAUAAUGGCAAAUGCACCAGUCCCUAUGAGCCCAUUAGAGAGCCUUGCAUCUUCAGCUGUUCGAACAGCUAACUCAGCAAAAGCAGUUCUUAUUUUGGUUUUAACCAGAGGAGGGAGUACAGCAAAGUUGGUUGCCAAGUAUAGGGCUGGCAUGCCAAUACUAUCGGUGGUUGUUCCAGAAAUUAAGACUGAUUCUUUUGAUUGGUCAUGCAGUGAUGAAUCUCCAGCCAGGCAUAGCUUGAUCUUCAGGGGGUUGAUCCCUGUUCUGUGUGCAGGAUCUGCUAGAGCUUCUCAUGAGGAGUCAACUGAGGAGGCGUUGGACUUUGCACUUCAACAUGCUAAAACAAAAGGACUGUGCAAGGAAGGAGAUCCUGUUGUGGCCUUGCAUCGUGUUGGAACUGCUUCGGUCAUCAAGAUUGUGACUGUGAAGUGAUUUUUAUAUUCCGUUCGAGUAUUAACUCAUGGGUUGGUUGUUGGAAGGUCAAGGAAUAAAACCAUUCUGAUUCUGCUUUUUUUUUUUCCACUCCAUCUCUAAUAGGGUUAUUGACGAUGGUUGUAUCCUUUCUGAUGUUUGCUUUAGUACUUUGUUAAACAUUGUUCAGAAAAACUUUUGCCAGCCCAAUGAGGUGGAUCUCGCAAUUUUUGGCUAUUUGAUACAUAAAUGACAUAAAAGUGAGACCGAGUUCUGGUCUUUUCGAGUGUUAAA